AUCUUGGUGCCGAGCCAGUACUUUCUCUGCCGAAAUGUCGUACAGUUCUGAUUGACUUCUAGUAUUAUUCUCGAGGUGUUUGAACGAGAUCGUCCACUCUUUUCUUGCUCUCUGUUGUGGGCUUAUAGGUCACUUCACCACCCUUGGAAAUGAUCAUAUGAUCACCCCAGACACUGGAACCCUUACACCAAAAGAGAAAGUUGGGCAAACACGUGACAUGAGAUCGCCCAUGCAGGCCCAGCAUUUUACCAUGCAAUCAACAAACCAAACACAAGGUCAGGGCGGAAAGAAGACCAACGCACGACUGCUGAGACUGAGCACAGUCCUAACACCUUCUACCCUUUGAGCUCCGCUCCCAAAGAGCCAAUACCUAACCAAGCGGAAGGGUCCCAGUCCAGUAUUCUUCCAGUGUCAGUUCUGUGAAAUAACAGCCGGCCUCCAGCCUCAACUACCCUAUCUACAAAACCCAUCUCUCCGACACGAGGGAUUAUGAUGAAACGGAUUUUCAUAUUGGUCAUUAUGCUGAUUACCCUCGUGAGGGGAGACAAGAAGUCAAAACAUCCCAAUGUGGUGGUCUUACUUGCCGACGAUCUGGGUAUUGGCGACCUCGGUUGCUACGGAAACAGCACAAUAAACACGCCCAACAUAGAUAAAUUAGCAUCGGAAGGUGUGCGUCUGACUCAUCAUUUAUCAGCGGCUUCUCUUUGUACUCCGAGUCGAGCAGCUUUAUUAACUGGACGAUACCCAGCAAGGUAUGGUUUGGUUGGGGAGGAUGGCACACCACCAGUAAUUGUCCAUGUGUCCAGCCGAGCUUCACUUCCUCUGACGGAGAUCACAUUAGGAAGGGUAUUAGAAGCUGCAAACUAUACAACAGCCGCUGUUGGUAAAUGGCACCUUGGUAUGAAUUGCGCAUUGCUUGGCCGUGAUUGUAAUGGGCCUAAGAAGCAUGGCUUCCAACACUUUUAUGGAAUUCCGAGCACACUGAUAGAAGAAUUCAGAGGGAACCACCCAUUUUGGAUAAUGGAUUUCAAUCAACCUCUUCAUCAGGCUUUUACAGGAACCUGGUUGAUAAGUGUGCUGACUUUAUUUUCCCUCGGACGAAAAAUGGAAUUUCAGUGGAUGGCAAUUCUACUUUUCGGAAUCUGUUUGAGUUUCGUUUUCUUUAUAUCUUGGUUCGUUAGCACCCAUUAUCGGUUCCACACACGGACAUGGUGGAAGGUAUCGCCAUGGAUGGAUCAAUUCAUGAAUGGAAUUCUUAUGUAUAACGACGAAGUAAUAGAACAACCACUUCAACUUGAUGGACUCAUGCAAAAUCUAGUGAGUUUUUCACUGAAGUUUAUUGCUGAUCAUGCUCAUGGCGACCGUCCCUUCUUCCUCUACCACUCGUUCGGACAUGUUCACACGCCUAUGUUUACUCAUCCAUCCAUGGCUGGCAAGAGUAGACACGGGAGCUAUGGAGAUAAUGUGGAAGAAAUGGAUGCAGGUGUUGGAGCAAUCAUGGCUGCCCUUACAGAGCACAACCUCGAUGAGAACACCAUUGUUUAUUUCUUGUCUGAUCACGGAGGCCAUUUGGAAUGUGUAGACAAUGAAGGGCACCGUGUUGGCGGACACAAUGGUCUAUUUAAAGGCGGAAAAGGUCAAGGUGCAUCGGAGGGUGCCAUCAGGGUACCUGGAAUUUACAGAUGGAAAGGGCACAUCCCAUCUUCUGUCAGCAUCCACGAGCCCACUUCACUGUUGGAUAUGUUGCCGACCAUACUUGACCUAGCUGAGUUACCCCAGAUAGACGACCUCCUUCCUAACUUGCCUGAGAGAGAAAUAGAUGGUGUAAGCAUCGCCAGUUUGCUGAUGAGAGGAGAACCACAGACUGCAAGGGUGUUCAUCCACCAUUGUCGGCAGUCUAUUCACGCCGUCCGAUGGGCUAAAGAUGGCCAUAUAUACAAAAUGUUUAUCAAGAAACUCAUGUAUCCGGAGGGUAGCCAUCAGUGUGGCUGGGGAAUUAUGAACCUGUGUUCCUGCUUCGGCGAAUCUGUAACUGAUUUGACAGGCAAGCCGCUGCUGUUCGAUCUAUCCCGGGAUCCCUACGAAGAUGAUCCUAUUUCGUCGGGCACAGAGAAAUACAGUGAAGUGGUGGCAUACCUGCUGGAUUACCUGGACAGAUGGCAGGAGAGUGUCCAUUACCCACCUUCACAAUUCCGCAAAAAAUCAGACACAGUUCUCGCACUCUGGAGACAACCUUUUUGUUUAGCCUGCACCCAAAAAAUUGAAUUUCAAAAGUGAACUGUUGGAAAUGAUCUUUCUUAUCAUCUGGUCAUAAAAACUUUUUUAUAUUAAGAUAUUUUGGUUGGUAUGACAUUUGUUAUAUUUGUAGUAAAUUACACAUGAAAACUCCACUGACACCCCCCCCCCUCUCUCUCUCUUAUGUAGCAUUCAUAACCUUUUUAUUUUUGGUUUCAUCAAAGGGGUUUCUACUCGCUAAAUCAUACUACUCCAUCAAGAUUAACAUCUCGAGAUAAACAACUAAAGAAGUAGAAAUUUAAUGGUAACACUAGCAGAUGAUUGCCAAUGCUCACAUUUGCUAGUUCCCAUUUGCGUACCAUACCCAUACCCAUAUCUAUAUCUGCUUCAUACCCAUACCCAUACCCAUAUCUGUUCCAUACCCAUACCAAUAUCUGUACCACCCAUACCCAUACCAUAUCCAUAUCUAUACCAUACCCAUACCCGUACCAUAUCCAUAUCUAUACCAUACCCAUACCUACUAUACCCGUACCAUAUCCAUAUCUAUACCAUACCCAUACCUACUAUACCCUUACCGGUACCAAUACCCAUACCCAUAUCCUUACCAUACCCAUACCCAUAACCAUUCCAUACCCGUAUCCAUACGUAUACCAUACCAUUCCCAUACCCAAAUCCAUAACAUAUCCAUACAAAACCAAUACCCAUUUCCAUACCUACAGCCAAAUUAACACUACAAAUAACAGUCAACAAAAAUCUAUUGGCAGCACUAACCCUGUUUACAUGCAGGUCACAUACGAACAACUGACCAUAUCUUGGUCUAGGCUGUAAGGCUGUAGGGUGAGGGGGAGGGGGAGGGGAUGGUAAG